CGAAUUGUACAACUUCAUCUUAUUUUAACCAUUUUACUUGCGUGCACCUCCAUUGAUAGUGCUUUGGUGAAGUCUUUCUUGGCCUCACGAUUAUACUCGAGUAAUUUGUGUCAACUUGUCUUGCUUUUCUUUUCAGUUCAUCACAGUUCAUCACAAUGUCAUGUUAGUCUUCCUGAAUGUAAGAUGUCGUUAAUGUAUCAGUAUGCUCAUUUUUUAUUUAGCACCACAUACAAACAAGGGGCCUUUGCCUCCCCUCACAAAGCCACGAUCCUCUAGCAAUUCAUCUACAUCAUCAUCAUCAUCAUCAUCGUCACUAAAAGUCCCUCGAACACCACGAUUUGCCGAAGCUACUACUGUAUAUUCUCCUGUAGAUGAUAAGAGAUCACCAUUUGCAGAUCCUCCAAAAACAGCAGACUCUUACGCCUCAAAAACACAAGCAUACAUGGCACAAUCACAACCUUCUGAUAUUGGCUUCGGCUACAUAUCAGAAAAUAGACAAUCUCAAGGAGUUCCGAUCGAGAUGCCACUUACUCCGUCAUCACCAUUAAAGAGUGCAUUAAAAGUUCCUGGUACACCAGGAAGAAUGAUGAAUCCCUUAAGUCCGACGUUUCGGGAGGAGCAAGUCUUAGAAAAGCAUGAAGAAAUGACCGAAGUAGAGCAAGCCAAAGAUUUAGUAAGAGAUUUUGGAAUUCAAUUAUUUUGAGAUAUACUAACAAUUGAAUAGAAAAUUAAAACUAGAGUCAGGAUAGCUAAGUUACUAUUACGAUUUGUAAACUUUAGCUGUAGUUUAAUUGUCCUCUCCAUGGUUGCUACCACUUUUAGCAUCUUCGAAGCAACAAAAUCACUACCAGCUCGAAAUAAUCUUCCUCCAUGGGCAGAUGGUACCAAAACUUGGCCUCAAAAAGUCGUUCUUGCUAUAUCAUCUGUAUCACUCGCACUUUGUGUACUCAUACUCUACAAUUAUUGGAAAGGAGGACAUAAACGGGCGGAGAAAGUUGCAGUUUAUUAUACUCUCUUUGCAGUCGCAUAUUUUAUCUUCAGUACGGUUAUGUGGGGUAUAGCAGCUGGUAUUUUACAAGGUGUAAGAACUACUGGAGAUAAUAAGGAUAUUUGGGGUUGGUCAUGCGUCGAUAAUAAGAGACGACAAUUAUUUGAAGAAAAGAUUGAUUAUGCUUUAGUCUGUCGAAUUCAAGUAAGUUUCUCUACCUCUUUCAUCCAUGAUUCCACUAACAACCUCCUAGUCUUGGUCCCUCGUAUGCUGUAUAAUAGAAAUCGUCCUCGAAUCCCUCACAAUCGCCCUUUAUAGCGUCGUCUUCUACAGAUACUACUCCAAACAACGACUUCGCAAAUCCAUGGCCAUUCGCGAUCGUGCACGUUCAGAUCUAUACCUCGCUCAACUCCGCAGUCAAUCCGCACCCAACACUCCUGGUUUCGGUCCCUUAAGCCCCUCUUACUCUCAAUAUGCCAAAUCUCCCAGAUUCCCUCCAAGCGUGUAUCAGAGUUCCUCGGAUCUGGAAGAAGGAAAUGGAAUCGGAACGAGAUUUGUAGAAGCGAAGAGUGGAAUGAAUACUACUAAACCAUUCACCUUACAAGCUCCUCCUAUCAGAGUACAAAAUGCAACACCGAAGCUUAACCAAGGUGGUUUCGAAUCUCAGACCCCUUCUCCUUCUCCUCCGCCGCCGCCUCCUCAGCAACAAUUUCAACAGCAGAGAGUCGUCGAACAUGUCCAAGCGGCUCCUGGGGAACAAACUUAUGCCAGUGUACCUAUUCCGGGUGCAUAUGCAAAUCCACUUUCGAAUCAGGGUGUUCAGUAAUGGUCUCACAGUUUGGGGAGAUAAGAUAGGUCCUAUGGGUGAGAAGUGAGUGUAGAUGUAGAUGUAGGUAAUUUUACUCCUGGUUGGGAAUUGGGAUGUGGUUUUUUGAGAAUGCUUGUAUGCUUGUAUGCAUGCGUAUGCUUUAUAUUAUUUAUUUAUUUAUAUUUUCCUUCUUACAAUCGUUUUUGGGAAUGGAUUGGAGUUUGGAUGGAUGGCUGGAUGGAUUUAAGAUACUCCCAAACGCUGCGUCGUUUUUAUUCCUACUUAUUUUUUGGCGGGGUUGGUUGGUUGUGGUUUGUUUUUGAGUUUUGAUAAAUGGUUGGAUGAAUGGUUGGAUGAAUGGAUAGGUCAGCGGAUGAGCAAAUAUCGUCGUCCUAGGAAAAGGGAAAAAGGGGGAAAUAAAGGAGGAGAAAGGAGGAAAUGAAGGGAAUAGAAUAUAUCCAGUAUAUGCAGCAUUUUGGGAUGAAAAUGGAUUGACGGGAUUGACUGGAUUGAUGGGAUGGAUGGAUUAGGAAUCAUGAAACUGAUGGAUGGGUGGAUGAAUGAAAGAAAAGAUGGAAGGAUUUAAAAUGAAAUGAAAUACCCAAUACUCAAUACCAAAAUUCGGAAUUCAGAAUUCAAAUACUCAGAAAUUGAACGAUAGAUCAAGGGACAUUACAUAAGAUAUAAAAGAUAUUAGAGAUAUCAGAGAAGAAAAUAAAAAAU